CUAUAUCAUCGGCGUCAUGUACCUACAAUGUAUCGUUCAGGCCUACAGCAGAUAUUGAAUCAUAACUACUGUCUGGUUAUCCACCGCCCUGAGUAGUACACAAUGUCAACCUUCGACGCCUCUCAUGUCGACCUGUACACAGCGGACAAGGAAGAUGUUAUUACGCUUUAUUGCUCUGUCCGAGAACGACUAUAACGGUCACCUCGGAGCUCGCAUAUCGUCAAUCUUCGUAAUUCUGUUCGUUUCCUCUGCAUUCACUUUCUUCCCGGUUGUGGCUAAACGCAUGCUCGACCUUGCAGCUGAAGUCUACGUCGAGCGCAAAUACGGCGUACACAAGGACGAAACGGCCACAGGGAUCUUUAUCCAAGGUGGAAACCAAGACAACCAUUUAUCCCAAGGGCCAUGCAAUCAGAAGAAAUCCACCUCGCACACACAAACCACUCCUACCUGGACCUCCGAAAGCGACUCAAUAACCGCCGAACAAUCAUCCCGGCAGCAAAUAACCGCCUUCCUCAUCCUCGAGUUUGGCAUCAUCUUCCACUGUGUCAACGUCGGACUGAAUCUCGGCGUUACAGGCUCCGAGUUCGCAACACUCUAUCCGGUCCUAGUAUUCCACCAAUCCUUUGAAGGACUCGGUAUCGGUGCUCAAAUGUCGGCCACCCCCUUCGGCCACCGCCCUUGGCUCCCCUGGAUGCUGUGUGCAAUGUACGGACUUACUACGCCUGUAUCGAUUGCUAUCGGUCUAGGCGUUCGGGAUACGUAUAAUCCAGGAUCCAAAACGGCACUUAUCGUUCAAGGAAUCUUAAACGCUAUUUCGGCCGGGGUUUUGAUCUACAGUGGACUUGUGGAGCUAUUGGCUCGUGACUUUUCGUUUGAUCCUUGUCGUACUAAGCGACGCAGUCAUCUGUUGUAUAUGGUCUUUUGUGCUUUGCUAGGGGCUGGUGUUAUGGCCUUGAUUGGGAUGUGGGCUUAAAGAGCAUGCGCGAUGAGAGUAAACUGGAUAUUCGAGGUUCGGUUUUAGGUGAAGUCUAUGAGUAACUUCUCUAUCGAAUAUAUAUGUUUAGGAUACGGACAGGA